AUGCAGCAGCAGGUGCUGCAGCAGCAACACGUGCAGCAGCAGCAGCUGCAGCAGCAACAGCUACAGCAGCAGCUGCAGCAACAACAGCUACAGCAGCAACAGCUGCAGCAGCAACAGGUGCAGCAACAGCAGCUGCAUCCGCAGCAGCUGCAGCAGUUACUUAGUGGUGGCUGGCCCGCGGGGGCAGCACAGCGUAGGCCGCCUGCUGCAGCAGCAGCAAGGCUGCAGCCCCAAGAGCUGGCUCUGAUGCAGCAGCUGGUGCGGCUGCAGCAGGAAAAUACGAGCCUGAGGGGCUACGCUGAGCGCGUAACGAAGGAGCUGCGAAGCGCGCGUUUGGCUCAGGCCAUUGCUGCUGCUGCUGCUGGUAGCAGUAGCGGGGACGCUGCUGCGCAGCCUUCUGCUGCAGCAGCAGAGCUGCAGCAGCAAGCUGAGACGCUGCCGCUACCGCCCUGGUGCCUGAACAUGCAGCUCGUGAGCCCCCUGCUUGCUGCUUACGACGAACGGAUCGCAGAACUUCAAGAAGAAACAAAAGAAAAAGAAAGAAUUAUUGAAAGUUUCAGCGCAAAAGUGGCAGGAGUGACACGGGAAAACGAGCAGCUAGCUGAAGAGCUGCGCAGCAAAACGGAACGGCUGCAGCAGCUGUUCGAGGCGGAGGCCUCGGGGGCCCCCGGCAGCAGCAGCGGCUGCAGCAAAACCUACGUAACGUUGCUGCAGGAGCGAAACGAACUGGAAGAACUCUACAGCCUCACUUCUGAACAAAGUGAAGUGCUGCUGAGUCAAAACCAUCUUUUGAAAUGCCAUGUGCAGCAAAGUGAAGCAGCACUGGAGGAAAUGCGGGCAGUGGUGGCCGAGACGGAGCGCCGUGCUGCAGCAGUAGCAGCAAAAGAGCAUUCGCUGGCGAGGCUGGAGGACUCUGUGGCGCAGCAGGAGCAGCAGCUGCGGGACGCAGCAGCAGCAAACGCGGAGCUGGACAAGAAGCUGAAGGCCAAGGAAAAAGACGCAGAGAAACUGGCUGCCGCGCUGCGGGAAGCGCAGCAGCAGCAGCAGCAGCAGAACGAGGAGCUGCAACGCGAGCGCGCCGCCGCAGCUGCGGUAGCCACGCUGCAGCAGCAGCUCGACGGCCUCAAGCAGCACGCAGAAGCAGCAGCAAGAGAAGCAGCAGCAGCUAAAGAAGUGGCGGACUACUUGGAGCAGCGGCUGGCAGCUCAGAUGCAAGAAACAGAAGACACAAAAAAGCAACUCGACAGCACCACGCAGCAGCUGCAUGCGCUGGUGGUGGAGAAAGAGAAGGCAGCAGCAAGUGCUGCGCUGCUGCAGCGCCACCUGGACCAGCUGCGCGGGCAGCACGAAACGGAGCUGCAAAUUAUAAAAGCUGCUCAAGGAGAAACUUUAGAGAAAAGAGCACUUCAAGCAGAAGGUCUUGGGGAAACUUUGAGGAAGCAACUGGAGUCGCUGCAGCAGUCUCACGGGGAAGCCACAGUGAAGCUGGAAGCAGCAGAGAGGCGCGCAGCAGCAGCAGCAGCAGAUGCAGCACAAGCGCGGGCCGAGCUCGCUUCAACAGUCAAACACUUCCAGACGCUGCAGCAGCACCAGCAGCAGGCGCAUGCUGCUGCUGAGGCUGAGGCCACGCGGCUCAAGGAGGCGCUGCACGAGCAGAACAAGGAAGCAGCAGCAAAAGCUGCAGCACUUGCUGCUGCCAAGCGGCAGCUCGAAGACAGUCUUGCUGCAGCAGAGACUGGCCGGCUGUCGCUGCAGCAGGAACUCGCGCUGCUGCAGCAGAAGCUGGACCAACUGCAGGAGGCCUGCAGCGGGCAGCAGCAGCAGCUCGCCGACGCUGCAGCAAGACUUGCAGCAGCAGAAGCAGAUAGAGAUGCAGUCAAAAAAAAAGCUGAAAAAGAAACAGCUGAUACCAAAAGACGCUGCGAAAGCCUCACAGCUUUGGCUGAGGCCAAAGUGGCGCGGCUGCAGGAAGCAGCAGACCGGCGGCAAGCAGCAGCAGCGCAGCGGCUGCUGGAGCAGCAGCAGCGGCAGCAGCAGCUCAGCAGGGAGUACGAGCAGCAGCAGCAGCAGCUGCAGCAGCAGCUCGCCAAAGCCGUUGCUGCCAACACAGAGCUCAGGCAAAAAGUUCAUGAACUCUUAAAUGGCCUCGACAAGACGCUGCCCCCAGAGUCACUUCUUGAAGAUGAGGCAAACUCCGAUGGCUCUCUUUAA